AUGGAUAUAUCCGAAACAAAAGAAAUUUAAGAAAAACAAUUUAUUUGCAUAGAUCCAAAAUGCGAUUAAUAAAGUCGAUUAUUCAAAUCAAAAAAUGAAAAUCAUCCUCAUAAAUCUCAUGAACAUUAAUUAUACUCAGAGUUCUAAAAAUUAAUUCGUGCCCAAUUUCCAUAAUAAAUUCGAGAAUAAAUUAAUUAAUAAUUUAGUAAGGAUGAAUUAAUCAAAGCAAUUUAAACAAGAUCAGUUUAAAUGCACGAGUCUGUGAAAAAUUUUGAAGAAAAUCUAAUUAAGUAUUUGUAACUCAUAAUGAAUUAUUAGAACUAUAGAAGCUUAUGAUAUUUUGGGUGCAGAUAAAGCUUCAAUUAAUCAAGUUUUAAGUUAAUUAAAUGAGUAAAAUCCUCCUUAAUAACUUAAUAUUUAAGGAUUAAUGCAUGUGCUAAAAUUUAAUAAAUUGGGUCCUUAAAAAGUAUUAGAAAAAUGGAAAAGAGAAAAUGAAAUAAUACUUAAAGAACUUAGUACAUAAGCAGAUGCAGCCUUAAAAACCUUAGGGAAUGUAACCAUUUCAAGUUAUAUGCAUAUUUAACAUUUAUAAAGUCCAUUGUUAUUAUAAAAGUAAAAAAUAAAACUAUUUGAAAGAAUGCACUAUGUUUGGAGUUAGAGUUUAAAGGCAAACUCAGUAACAAUUAGAGAGGAUGCAGCUUAUGAAAAAGGCAAUUCAAUGGGAUUGGUUUGUAUCUAAUAGAUUUUAGAAAAAGAUUAAGUACAGAGUUUGACUAUUGAUAUAAAAGAAAGAGCAGGAGUAUUGUUAAUUUUAAUAUAUAUAUAUAGAAUCUUUACAUAGGAGUAUUAGAUAUGAAUGAAAGGAAGCAAAGAGGCAGAAAGACAUUCAGUUUUCAUGAUUGGAAUGAAUCAGGACAUGGAUUAUAUUUACUUUAUCAUGGAGGAUGUAUAAUAAUUUCUAUAAAAUAGAUGUUUUUAGUUCAAAUGAUCUAUCUAUAAAUAGUAAGAAAGCUGGUUUUACUUUUGAUUAAAAUGACAAGAUUAUUCUGACUUGGAAUGGACCUGAGCAUUCUAUUACUAUCCUCAAAGUUGGAAGCAGUCAUGUAAUUUAAAUUCAAAUAUCAUAGCAAUUUACAUUUAAAGUCAAUCCUGAUGGGCAAUACCAUUUUGCAGCUGGUUUAUUCAAAUGUGAAAUAAGGUUGCUUGAUUGA